ACGCGACUGGGCGGGCGUGACGUCAUCACAGCGCGCGGCCGCCGGGACGCCGCGGGAGCCUACGGGUCGGGGCGGCGGCGGCGCUUGGGCUCCUACUGAGCCGGCCGCUAGCCCCGCGCCCACCCCACGGGCCGGAGUGCAGUUGCAGAAUCCAAGGACCCCUUUCAUCCUUUCUCCAUACUGCUUGGUAGGAGGCAUUAUGGCCCCCAAAGACAUAAUGACAAAUACUCAUGCUAAAUCCAUCCUCAAUUCAAUGAACUCCCUCAGGAAGAGCAACACCCUGUGUGAUGUGACGCUGAGAGUAGAACAGAAAGACUUCCCUGCCCAUCGGAUCGUGCUGGCUGCCUGUAGCGAUUACUUCUGCGCCAUGUUCACUAGUGAGCUUUCAGAGAAGGGGAAACCGUACGUUGAUAUCCAGGGUUUAACUGCCUCUACCAUGGAAAUCCUGUUGGACUUUGUGUACACAGAAACCGUGCACGUGACAGUAGAGAACGUCCAAGAACUGCUCCCUGCAGCCUGCCUGCUGCAGCUGAAAGGUGUGAAGCAAGCCUGCUGUGAAUUCUUGGAAAGCCAGCUGGACCCUUCCAACUGCCUGGGUAUCAGGGACUUUGCUGAAACUCACAACUGUGUUGACCUGAUGCAAGCAGCUGAGGUGUUUAGCCAGAAGCAUUUUCCUGAAGUGGUGCAGCAUGAAGAGUUCAUUCUUCUAAGUCAAGGGGAGGUGGAGAAGCUGAUCAAGUGUGAUGAAAUUCAGGUGGAUUCUGAAGAGCCGGUCUUCGAGGCUGUCAUCAACUGGGUGAAGCACGCCAAGAAGGAGCGCGAGGAGUCGUUGCCAGACCUGCUGCAGUAUGUCCGCAUGCCCCUCCUGACCCCCAGGUACAUCACCGACGUCAUAGAUGCCGAGCCUUUCAUCCGCUGCAGUUUACAGUGCAGGGACCUUGUGGAUGAAGCAAAGAAGUUUCAUCUGAGGCCUGAACUGCGCAGUCAGAUGCAGGGUCCCAGGACAAGGGCCCGUCUAGGAGCCAAUGAGGUGCUUCUGGUGGUCGGGGGCUUUGGAAGCCAGCAGUCUCCCAUCGACGUGGUAGAGAAGUAUGACCCCAAGACUCAGGAGUGGAGCUUUCUGCCAAGCAUCACUCGAAAGAGACGCUACGUGGCCUCAGUGUCCCUGCAUGACCGGAUCUAUGUGAUUGGUGGCUAUGACGGCCGUUCCCGCCUCAGUUCAGUGGAAUGUCUCGACUACACAGCAGAUGAGGAUGGGGUCUGGUAUUCUGUGGCCCCUAUGAAUGUCCGGCGAGGCCUGGCUGGAGCCACCACCCUCGGAGCAGAUAUGAUCUAUGUCUCUGGGGGCUUUGAUGGAAGCAGGCGUCACACCAGCAUGGAGCGAUAUGACCCAAACAUUGACCAGUGGAGCAUGCUGGGAGACAUGCAGACAGCCCGGGAAGGCGCCGGCCUUGUCGUAGCCAGCGGAGUGAUCUACUGUCUAGGAGGCUAUGAUGGCUUGAAUAUCUUAAAUUCAGUUGAGAAAUAUGACCCCCACACAGGACACUGGACUAAUAUCACGCCAAUGGCCACCAAGCGCUCCGGUGCAGGAGUAGCCCUGCUGAAUGACCAUAUUUAUGUGGUGGGGGGAUUUGAUGGCACAGCCCACCUGUCUUCUGUUGAAGCGUACAACAUUCGCACCGAUUCCUGGACGACGGUCACUAGCAUGACUACCCCGCGAUGCUACGUCGGGGCCACAGUGCUUCGGGGGAGACUUUAUGCAAUUGCAGGUUACGACGGGAACUCCCUGCUGAGCAGCAUCGAGUGCUAUGACCCCGUCAUCGACAGCUGGGAGGUCGUGACCUCCAUGGGAACCCAGCGCUGUGACGCUGGCGUGUGUGUUCUCCGAGAGAAGUGACCAGUCCAAGGGGCAGUCUGAAGAGAGCCAAGGAUCCUUUCCAGGAUGUCUGUUUCUCACUGUGUGCAUGGGAGGAUUACAAGCACCAGUGCCAUGAUGAUUGUACUUAUUUAAUACCCCCUCUCUCACUGGUCCUUGUCUCCGAGGAGGGUGGGUAACAGACACUCAAGGGAAGAGAACGCGUGCUGAGUGGGUAUGAGAGGCCAGACCACUUCUCCUUGCCGAGGGAGCACUUUCUUGUCAUUUUACCUUAGCGUGUGCUUGGGAGAGUGUACGUGUUAAGUUGUGCCCCGUGUGUUAUAGAGAAUACGGUGAGUAUGACCUGCGGGGUGUAGGCAGGAUCCAGCCUAGAUGACUGGAAAGAUACCACCUCUUGUUUUCCAGGAAUAAGUAUCUUUCCUAGUCUACAGGUAGCAAGGGGCAACACCGUCCUGUUCUGGAGGGAAACAGAGGGAAGAGCUGUGUCAAAACUUUGGGGGCCUGGGGAGGGGUCUACCUGACACUCGAGGGGAGCAGGGUUGCUGUCAGAACUGGGUUCAGCGUGAAGUGAACUGAAUUUGGUGGGAUGUGAGUGCGCCUGCAACAUCUGGAGGAGUGAGAGGGAGUGUUAUUUGGAGAGUCUUCCCAUUGCCCCAGGUGUUUCUGAGCUAGAAUGUUGUGCCCUUGGCUCUGGAGACUGAGAGAGUAACAAAGAGGUGGGGGGGGGGUGGAGCGGAGAUGGAGGAAGGGGCAUUCAGUAUGCCGGGACAGGCUAGAUUCCCUGCCACAGCUCAUCUGCCUUGAGUGGGUGAAAGACCGUCUUUCUUUAUUGAAUCAAAUACUACUACACUAUUACACAUCCAUACUAUUUAUAGGGGGAUGGGAGGGGUGGGGUGGCAGCCACCUAGAAGUUCAGCUACCUGAUUACUCCCCAGUUCUUUUAAGGGCAUACUUCUGCUAAGAAGUGGUUUUUACUGCUGUGUUUUUUUACAUUUAGUCCUUUUCCUACUAUAAUAUCCCUUCCCUGUCUUUAGAGUGGAUUUUAUUCAUCCCAGGAGAGAAUAAUUACCAGCAACCAAAAUCCUUUUGUUAGUUUCAGUACAUGCUGUCCCUGUGUCUGAGCUGCCAUCCAAGGCUCUCCUGUACUAUGGAGUGACAUUCCUGCUUCGUGGGUGUUGGGAGCGUGGGGACGCGAUAACCUAAACAAGGAUGCACUUUCCUUUUGCUCGGAAAUUCCACUUUUUCCUCUUUUCCCUGAGUUGUGUUGACCUAAAGUUCAUUUCCUUUGUAUUUUUUUAAGAAAAUAUUAAAAAAAAACAAA